AUGAUCCCUUCAUGUUUCAGCAGUCCCAAACAGCCUAGUAUUGAAGAUACCCAUAAGCCACAAAACCUCAUCACCUGCAUCUACCAGACUCUACUCUGCAACUUCCCUACCUUACUGACGUUAACCUGGUCGAAAACCGUCGUCUCUCACUCCUUAACCAUCCAAGCUGCCGAUUCAUUCUCCAUCAAUCUCUCUCUCUGCCCAUCAACCUUCUCCUUCAGAAGAAAUAGAAUUGGCUCAAAAUCCAUCUCCCUCACCCGCCACCACCACCACCACCACCGAAUUAAGCUCUAUUGGGAUUUCACGAAAGCCGAUUUUAAUCGGAAUUCUACCGAGCCUACCUCAUCCUUCUACAUUGCUAUAGCCUCCGAUGCUCACAUCGAAUUCUUCCUCAGUGAUCUAAGAGACGACGCACUUCGACGCAUUACUAGGGUUACUCGAAUCUCUCCUUCCGCUGAGCCUGCAUUACAAUCACGUCGUGAGCAUGUAUUUGGGCACAGGAAUUUCAUGACCAGAGCUCAGAUCUUUGGAUCGAAACACGAAAUUGGGAUCGAAUGUAACGGCAGAAUGUUGAGGGUGAAGGUGGAUGGUGAGGUGGGUCUGAUCGGGAAGAGAUUAGCAUGGAAAUUCAAAGGGAACGAGAGAAUUGCGGUUGGGGGUUCGGAAGUGGAGUUCUAUUGGGAUGUGUUCAAUUGGGUUGCAGGGUCUGGUGGGCAUGGAGUGUUCGUGUUUCAAGUUGGGGAUGGUGGGGUAUGGCCUGAGAUGGUAGACCCAGAGAAGAGAUUUAUGAGGAAAAGCUUAUCGUUGUCGCCGACGGCGAUAUCUUUGUCGUCAUCUCCGUCAUGUUCAAGUGUUUUGCAGUGGGCAGAGGAGAGUAGUGAUGGAGGGAGGAGUUCUUCUUCUUGUUCUUCUACGAAGUCUAGUGGGAGUGGAGGUUUCUCAUUACUGCUCUAUGCUAGCUCAACCCCUGGUAACAUCCCUGCCAUAUUACUUUAA